UACAAGCCCUUUAUCCCACCCCAAUCAAGAAUGGCCCCAACUCCUCUUCAAAUCAAGGUUAACUCCUUGAAAAGACUCAUCAAAGAAGAAACUUUGUACAAACAAGAAGUCACAGAUCAAGAAAAAUACGUUGAACAAAUGAAAUCUAAAGAUGCUGACGAAUACGAAUUAAAGAAACAAGUCCAAGUCCUCGAAGAAUCCCAAAGAAUGGUCCCCGAGUUAACUAGAAAGAUUAAAGAGCAUAAAGAGGCUUUGGUCCUGUUCUUGGAUACAUACACCGGUGAUGAAGAUGUCUCUGUGGCCAAGAGUUUGAUCCAAUAAAUAAUUAAGAUUAUUACGUAAUAUACAUGAUUUGAUAUCACUA